AUGACAGACGUUUUAACACUUGUGUUUAGGACUUUUAUGUCUCAGACUGAUUUAAAGACGGACCUCACCGCCAGUCCUCCACCACAGACAACCUGCAGCGCCUUGGUAGUCGGAGACCACGGCGUCAGCAGCUCCGUGCUGCUGCUAGCGGCCGUGACAGCGGCCUCACAGCUGGGGAUGAAAGUCAUGUUCUUCACCCAAUCACAAAUUCAGAGCCUUCCAGCGUCUGUGCAGAAAUGUGCCCCGAGCCUGAGCCCAGAGUGUCUGAAGAAAAUCAAGUUCUCCUAUCCCAGGACGGUGGAGGAGCUCCUGCAGCAGAUAGCCAGCCUUCACGAAUCCACCAACACAUCUCCCACACCUCCCUCACUGAUCAUAGUUGACAGGCUGGAGAGCUUCCUGUGUGGUCCUGGAGGUGGUAGCCACAGUGGAUUUCACCCAGGAGAGCAGUCAUGUGCUGCCCACCUGUCUGCGCUGCUGUGUGACACUGCUGCUUUUCUCACACAAAUCCUGGAGCAGCGGUCCACAAGCUCAGGCCCCUGCCGUGUCAUCGCCUCUUUCCAAUCAGAAGUCAACACUGGACAGCUCAACCUUAAGCCUGAGGUAAACCCAGUCACAUGUCCGCCCUGUUUGCUGUGGAGCUCCAGAUGUCUGCAGGUCAAGGAGUGUGCUCAUAAAAACAGUGAACCGCAGCUCACUACUGCUGACCCACCUGACUUGCUGAAACUGUCUGCUGUUCUAUGCAAUGGCAAUUUUUAAUUAUCUGCUUGUAUUGGCUUAAGUAGAGGAGGAGCUUCUAUUAAAGGAGGUCAGAGGUUAAACUGAAGAGUUGGUCUGUGGUGAAAGUAGGCUUGAAUCUUCAUCAAUAACUCAGUCUUCUUCUUACAUGUUAAAAGCUGAAUUUAUAAAUAAUAUCCAUCCAAAAUAACAAACACCCACCCUAACCCACAGUCACUGGGUUUUUGCAUAAAAUAUUAGCAAACUUUGGAUCUUAGUUUGUGGCUCCACUCUGCUUGUGCAACUCUUACAUGACAUUUUAGCAUUCACCAUUAUCCCAUAAUAGCUCCUUAUGGCCACAGAGGUCAUUAAUAGGAAACAGUUACAGAAGCUGUAUAGUUUAAUGCUCCUCAAAGUUGUAAUUGGUUUAAAAGUUAUAUUAUGAAUAUUAUAAAUGAAAUGUUGAUGUUGUGUGCCCUGGUGGCACAAGUCUCUCUAUAAAAAUUAUUAUUUGUCAGUAGUAUGUGUGUGUAUAUCUUACUCUGUAAAAUAGCAAAGUUACCAAAGCCACCAGCAAUAAAACUGGUGAUGAUGAUGAUUUACUGUAAGAAUACAUUGUAUUAUAUAAAUGUAUAAGAAUGUAUGAAAAUACACAAAAAAUACUCAAGCACAGUGCUCUAAAAUCUGUAGUUAUCUCUCAAAUCUGAUUUGUAUGGUAGUAUCACAUAUUGUCAUCUGUAUCUGCAUAAUUCAACUAUAAUCUUAGUUAUUUGAUGCUUACACUGUGUAAAAUCUAAUAAAAUUUAAUAAAUCAGUCAGUAACCAUU